AUGUGGAUGACGCUAGCGGCCGAGUCCAAUGGCUCCAGGGACCCUGCCUGGCGGGAACGCGACUUUGACUCACUGCGGAGAAAGUUUCGCAAGCUCUACGGGAAGGCCAAGCCCACGGGCGAUCAGGGUGACCGCCUGACGCUCAAACAGCGAGCUAUCCCCAUGGCUCAUGAGACUCAAUAUGAGAUAGAGAAGAAGGGAGGGGCGCACACCUCGCACGACGGGCGCGACAACGGAGAGGACGACGAGAACCUCAUGGAUGAGGUCAACAUGGCCCUCUUCGCGGACGAGGUGGGCAAGACCUUCAACGUGAAACCGAACUUGGUCUCGACCAAGGACGGUGGAGACAGCAACCGUGCUCGGAUCGACAAGCAGCAGGAGGAUGACGAGGAGGAGGUGGCGGAGGAGGACGACGAGUCGGUCUCCUCUGCCAACUCGGUCGACGACGAAAAAAGCUCGGAGGAGGGUACGUCCGAAGAGGCUGACGCCAACCAGCCUCGUGACCCCCCUCUUCCUCCCGUUCCCAAGCUUCGCGGCAACGAUACGCGGCUUGCUGGGGUCGUGAUAACCCAGCAGGGCCUCGUUCCGGUCGAGUUCGCUGCUGACUUCCAGCAGGCUGAGUCCAACCUUGGCGACGGAGAGGUGCGUGAUGCGUAA